AUGUUGCCCUCCUCCUGUUCCUCCUCUGGUGUCUCAUCUUCAGUCGGGGUCAACUCUCCGUUACCCAGAGGGCCCCAUGCACCUCCUCAAAACUCCCAUCACACCCUUACCCCCAUCACACCCUUACCCCCAGCACACCCUUACCCCCAGCACACCCUUAACCCCCUAGCACACCCUUACCCCAGCACACCUUACCCCAUCACACCUUAUCCCCCAUCACACCCUUUCCCCCAGCACACCUACCCUCAACACACCUUACACCCAGCACACCUUACCCCCACACCCUUACCCCCGCACACCCUUUCCCCACCCAGCACACCCUUUCCCCAGACACUUCCCCAGCCACACCUUUCCCAACACACCCUACCCCCAGCACACCCUUACCCAGCACACCCUUACUCCCCACAACACCCUUUCCCCCAUCACACCCUUUCCCCUCACACCCUUACCCAAAGCACACCUUACCCACACACCACCUUACCCCAGCACACCCUUACCCCAUCACACCCUUUCCCCCACACACCCUUACCCAAAGCACACCCUACCAGCACACCCUUACCCCAAGCACACCCUACCCAUCACACCUUACCCAUCACACCUUACCCAGCACACCCUUACCCCAGCACACCUUACCCCAGCACACCCUUACCCCAGCACACCUUACCCACACACCCUUACCCCAUCACACCUUUCCCCAUCACACCCUUACCCAAAGCACACCCUUACCCCCAGCACACCCUUACCCCCAACACACCCUUACCCUCAGCACACCCUUACCCCAGCACACCCUUACCCCAGCACAACCUUUCCCCCAGCACACCCUUUCCCCCAGCACACCUUUCCCCAGCACACCCUUACCCCCAGCACACCCUUACCCCCAGCACACCUUCUCCCAGCACACCCUUUCCCCAUCACACCCUUUCCCCAUCCACACCUUACCAAAGCACACCCUUACCCCCUCACACCCUUACCCCCAGCACACCAUUACCCCAUCACACCCUUUCCCAUCACACCCUUACCCAAAGCAACCCUUACCCCAGCACACCUUACCCCCAGCACACCCUUACCCCGCACACCCUUACCCCCAGCACACCCUUACCCCAUCACACCCUUACCCCACAACCCUUACCCAGCACACCCUUACCCCAGCACACCUUCCCCCAGCACACCCUUACCCCAGCACACCCUUACCCCAGCACACUUACCCCACACCCUUUCCCCAUCACACCCUUACCCAAAGCACACCCUUACCCCAGCACACCCUUACCCCAGCACACCCUUACCCCAGCACACCCUUACCCCCAUACACCCUUACCCCCAUCACACCCUUACCCCAUCACACCUUACCCCCUCACACCCUUACCCCAGCACACCCUUACCCCCUCCACACCUUACCCCCAUCACACCCCUUACCCCCAGCACACCUUACCCCAUCACACCUUUACCCCCAUCACACCCUUCCUCCACACCCUACCCCAGCACACCCUUACCCCAGCACACCCUUACCCCCAGCACACCCUUACCCCCGCACACCCUUACCCCCAGCACACCCUUACCCCAUACACCCUUUACCCCAGCACACCCUUUCCCCCAUCACACCCUUCCCCCAUCCACACUUACCCCCAGCACACCCUUACCCCAGCACACCCUUACCCCCAUCACACCCUUUCCCCCAUCACACCUUUCCCCAUCACACCUUUCCCCAUCACACCCUUCCCCAGCACACCCUUACCCCAGCACACCCUUACCCAGCACACCCUUACCCCCAGCACACCCUUACCCCAUCACACCCUUAACCCCAGCACACCCUUACCCCAUCACAACCUUUCCAUCACACCCUUACCCCCAGCACACCCUUACCCCCAUCACAACCUUACCCCCACCACACCCUUACCCAUCACACCCUUGCCACAUCACACCCUUACCCCCAGCACACCCUUACCCCAUCACACCCUUACCCCAUCACACCCUUACCCCCUGCACACCCUUACCCCCAUCACACCCUUACCCCACCACCCCUUACCCCAUCACACCCUUACCCCCAUCACACCCUUCCCCCAGCACACCCUUACCCCAGCACACCCUUACCCAUCCACACCCUUACCCCAUCACACCCUUACCCCAUCACACCCUUACCCCAUCACACCCUUACCCCCAGCACACCCUUACCCCGCACACCCUUACCCCCAGCACACCCUUACCCCCAUCACAUCCUUAUCACUGUCAAAAUCAUUGUUAAAUUGA